AUGACCAGAGAAUUUCACAAAAACAUCCCCGAAUACGCCAUUUUGUCCCAUACGUGGGGUAACGCUAAAGAUGAGGUGUCGUUUCAAGAGAUCAACAACCCUUCACCUGAAGUCAGACUGAAAAAGGGUUUCAGAAAGAUUGAGCUUUGCGUUCAGCAAGCCCAACUAGACGGACUUAUGUACUGCUGGGUCGACACUUGCUGCAUCGAUAAGUCAAGCAGCGCAGAGCUUUCAGAGGCAAUCAAUUCAAUGUUCACCUGGUAUCGCAAUUCGGCUGUUUGCUAUAUCUACUUGGAUGACGUGGAAGGCAUGGCACCCGAAUCUUUGUCAGCGUUUCGACGUUCCCGCUGGUUUACUCGUGGCUGGACACUGCAGGAACUCGUUGCUCCCCAAACCCGCCGGUUCUUCGAUAUGCACUGGUCAUGUAUCGGAGAGAUGUCGAGGACCUUGAACAACAAAUACAGAGUCAAUGGUUUCUUCCGCGUUGGGACAGAAGCAGACGAAAUCGCGAAUCUCUCAUCAACGACGACUAAGUUUUCAAGUUGGGUUGCUGAAAUAACUGGCAUUCCUGAUCGUGUCUUCUACGCUGGAGACCUCAAGUCCAUUUCAGCCGCCACAAAGAUGUCGUGGGCUGCAAAGCGCGAAACGACUCGUAUCGAGGACCAAGCCUAUUGUCUACUGGGCCUUUUCGAUGUCAACAUGCCACUUCUCUAUGGUGAGGGGAGAGAUGCGUUUAUUCGACUACAAGAAGAAAUUCUCAAAAAGGCACCAGAUCAUACACUUUUCACGUGGGGUUCAACGGCAUCAUCAACGCCUACUCUUAGCGGGCUUCUCUCGUAUUCUCCCAAAAACUUCAGUAGCUAUGGAUGUCGAAAUCUGCGCCCUAAAAGGAUUGGAAAUCCCUACGAGAUGACAAACAAGGGUUUACACUUGCAGAUCCGUUUAGUCGAAACAAUGGAUGACCCUGACGAGUUCUACGCCAUAUUAGACGUGGACAACGAAACAAGCGUGGGCCAGGAUUACCAGUACUCUAUCAGGCUUCGAAGGCUGGACGUAUGGGGUCAGUAUGCUCGCGUGCAUACUGACACCGGUCUAUGUUGUGAGCGCGAGUCUGACAUGUCAGCCUCUAUCAUACCGAGCCAUAUCUAUGUCCAGAACUGUAUCAACCAUGUAUCGCCCAUGAAUCUAACAAGAAACCCGUCCAAACUUAUCCUCGGCUGCAGAAUGACAAAAAGACGCUUCCGGUAA